AUGGCGUCCGACGAUUCUGCCUGGGAUGGCGAAGGGGCCUCUGGUGUGGAAUACGAUCCUCUCGCGCAGCCAAGUGUAGACCUGGAGCAAUCUGCGCAAAGUUCGGAAGCUGCCAGCGAAUCUGCCGAGAACAUUGGUGAGAACGAAGAGGAACAAGAUGAUGGGGCGGAAUAUGACCCUGAAUCAGUCGGUCUGGAUCCCCCUUCACACGAAAUGGACAACAACUCUGCGUCCGCCACACCGUCACAAAAACCGGCUAAACCUAAGAUGUCAGGUGGUUUUUUGGUUGAAGCAUCAGAUGAUGAGGACGAUGUUGGCCACAAUGCUCCUUCCGGAGCACAAAACUCAGCCUUGGGCCAUGUCAGUCAAACCAGCAAUGGUGGUACGCCUGCCUCUAAUGCAGCAACCCCCAAUGUAUUGCCAGGCAUGGUUGGGGUAGAUCCAGUGGCACUUUUGGAAGCUCGAAUUCAGGAGGACCCGCGUGGAGAUAUGGAUGCGUGGAUUAAUCUUAUUGCCGACCACAAACGUCGCAGUCGGACAGAUGACCUCCGUCGACUCUACAAUCGCUUCCUUGAAGUAUUUCCCCAAGCGGCUGAUAUUUGGGUUGCAUGGAUUGAGGUGGAGCUCAAUCUCGAUAACUUUGUGGAUGCUGAACAACUCUUUGGUAGAUGCCUGAUGUCUGUACCGAAUGUCAAGCUUUGGACGUUGUAUCUCAAUUACAUUCGGCGCCGGAAUGACUUGACAAAUGACCCAACUGGGCAAGCUCGACGCACCGUCACCCAGUCUUACGAAUUUGUCAUAGACAACAUUGGCGUUGACCGUGAUUCGGGCAAUAUCUGGCAAGACUAUGUCCAAUUUAUCAAGAAUGGUCCUGGUCAGGUUGGUGGCACGGGAUGGCAGGAUCAGCAAAAAAUGGAUCAACUCCGCAAGGCCUAUCAUCGUGCGAUCACUGUCCCUAUGUCUACCGUGAAUACUCUGUGGAAGGAAUAUGAUCAAUUUGAAAUGGGCUUGAACAAAGUAACCGGUCGCAAAUUCAUUCAAGAGAGGUCGCCGGGGUAUAUGUCUGCCAAAAGUGCCAACAUUGCUCUGGACAACAUCACCCGAAACUUGAAACGAGAAAAUCUUCCACGAUUGCCCCCUGCUCCGGGUUUUGAUGGCUAUGAAGAAUUCCAUGCUCAGGUUGAUAUGUGGAGGAGGUGGAUUGCCUGGGAGAAGGAAGACCCUUUGGUUCUCAAGGACGAAGAGCCCAAAGUGUACAGUCAGCGAAUUCUAUAUUGUUACAAACAGGCAUUGAUGGCUCUACGCUUCUGGCCCGAGAUUUGGGUCAACGCUGCUGCUUGGUGCUUCGAAGCUGAUAUCCGAGAAAAUGAGAAAGUCCUCGGUACCGAGCUACUACUUCAGGGCAUAGGCGCUAACCCGGAGAGUGUGUUGCUUGCUUUCAAACACGCAGACCAUAUCGAAGCCAACUAUCCUGAGAAAGAAGGGGACAAGUCUGAAUAUGCGAAAGCGGUACGCCAACCUUACGACACCGUUUUGGAUACCCUCUACAAAAUGGGAGACAAGGUGAAGGAGCGGGAGAAGCUCGAGGUCAAUACUCUCAAGCAGGCAGCGGCGCUGGAACCUCCGGUCCAGGAAUCCAUUGAGGCAAAUGAUGAUGACGAUGAAGAAGAGAAGACCGUCAGGAAGUCACCAACGGAAGAGCGUAUCGCCGCUAUUCAGCAGGCCUAUUCUGCAGAGUCACAACUCCUUUCCAAGACCAUUUCCUAUGUUUGGAUUGCGAUGGCCCGAGCCAUGCGCCGUAUUCAAGGCAAAGGUAGUCAAACCGAGGGCGGAUUGCGGAAGGUUUUCACCGACGCGCGACAAAAGGGUCGCUUAACGAGUGAUGUCUAUGUCGCUGUCGCAUUGCUGGAGUCAGUCGUCUACAAGGACCCAGUUGGUGCAAAAAUAUUCGAGCGUGGCGCAAGAUUAUUUCCGAAUGAUGCAGGCUUUAUGAUUGAAUACCUGAAAUAUUUGCACUCCAAGGAUGAUACCACCAAUGCCCGCGUUGUUUUUGAGACAUGUGUUAAUCGAUUAAUAUCUAAGCCAGAGACUUUGCCAAAGGCCAAGCAACUCUAUGCCUACUUUCACAAAUACGAAUCGCAAUAUGGAGAGCUGUCACAGAUCUCGAAGCUAGAAGCUCGAAUGGCAGAACUUUUCCCAGCCGAUCCCAAGCUGAAUUACUUUACUUCGCGAUACUCAUCCGACAACUUUGAUCCUGUUGCCGCUCCAAUCAUCAUAUCUAAAGCCGUACAAAUGCGACCGAAACUACUAGUACCAAUCAUCGAGCAGCCCGCAUCAGCCCGUGAAAGUAUCCCGCCGCCCAGGCAGGAACAGAGCCCACGGCCACAAUAUAUCCGAGCCACCGCCUCCCCAAAGCGUCCAUUCGGCAUUGAGGACGAAGAGCUCAAUCCGCCAAAGAGAGUCGCUAGAGGCGUUUCUCCAUUGAAAGGUGCUGCGGGACGGCGUCUCGACCAACAGCGGCGUAAUCAAACGUCGGCACUUCAUCGAGACAUUACGUUCCUCCUAGGUAUCUUGCCUCCCGCACACACGUAUGACACGACGAGACUUAACCCCAUCAACAUGGUUUCGCUGCUUCGCGACACCCAGCUACCUGAUUAUGCUUCAUGGAAAGCCAAGACGGGUGGUCAAUACCGUGUUAGCUCUGGGCCAUCUCACGGCAGACAAACAUCUGGAGACUUUGGUAACCGGCCAAUUAGCCCAUACGGACGCAUGGCUGCCGCCGCAGGAGGAUAUCGAAACUCACCACUGAGGGCAGAGAGCGGAGGUGCGUACGCAGCAAAUCCUUAUGCUCCACCACCGGAUGUCAGUGGCACGGCUCCUUCAUGGCAGCCUCCUGCAACUGGCACAUAUGGAGCACCGCCGCCUGCAGGACAGUACGGAGGUUAUAGGUAUUAA